CCCCCUCUCCCCACUUCUCCCAAUGCACAAUUUAUGGUCCUUCACCCUCCUCCUGUCAUCUAAUCCAGAAAAAAUGAAUGACUAGCAUCAACCCUCCACCACACUUGCUGUUAUCUUCUUUGACUUCACUCAAGAAAUGAACCAGAGGAAACAAGAUAGAAGAGCUGAUAUGGGUAGCAUUCUAAGCAAGAAGAAGAGCAGCAGCUGCCCUUGUGAGGAGAUCGAGUACAUGCGUUUAAGGGAGAAGAUAAAGCUCUUGCAAGAUGAGAUUCAUGAGAUAAAGCAUAUAAGAGACAUGGAAUGUCAAACCCACAAGCAACAGGUGAGAAUUUCUGCAAGGAAGGAAGCAGAGUGGAAGGGUGAGAGGAAGAAGUUGAGAGAUGAGGUGAGGAUGUUAAGAAAGGAAUUGGUAGCUAAAGAUCAGGAGAUAGCUGUUAAUCAAGGGAUGAUGGAGGAGGAGAAUGGUAAAUUUGCAGGGAUUAAUAUUAUUGACAAAGAGUACUGGCAAUGGCAACUGAUGCUGCAGGGGAGUAACGUCUUGGUUGAGCACAUGAAGGAAGAACAGGCCCGUCGAGAUGAAGCUGUGGAGAAAUGGAAGAGACUCUAUCUUUCUAUCAAAACUGAACUAGACACUCUCAUUCACAGAGCUAAUCAAGGAGAUGGACUGUACUUGGGAGAGGAAGAGAACACCAUAGGAACACUGAAGAGGGAACUGAAAGGCAAGGAAGAAACAAUCAAAGAAUUGAAAGCCAGAGUAGCCGCCAUGGAGAAGGAAGGAGUGAAAAAGGAAAGGGAGAUAGACAUACUGAGGCAGAGCCUAAGAAUUCUGAGCAGCAGCAGCAGCAAGAGAAAGGGUGACCCAUGCAACUAAGGGUCUCUUAUUCGAAGCUUGUGCAUGUAAUCUAUA